UCUCCGGGGGGAGCCACAGAGGCCAGCGUGCAGAGCGGCAGGCAGUGGUCACAGAGGCGGUGGAGCGAUGGCCUUCAGCGGCGCCCAGGCUCCCUACAUGAACCCGAUGGUCCCCUUCACAGGGGUGAUCCAAGGGGGCCUCCAGGACGGACUUCAGAUCACCAUCAACGGGACCGUUCUCAUGUCCAAUGGAAGCAGGUUUACUGUGAACUUGCAGACCGGCCACAGCGACAAUGACAUUGCCUUCCACUUCAACCCUCGGUUCGAAGAGGGCGGCUACGUGGUCUGCAACACGAAGCAGAAUGGAAUCUGGGGGCCUGAGGAGAGGAAGAUGCAAAUGCCCUUCCAGCGCGGACAUCCAUUUGAGCUCAGCUUCCUGGUCCAGAGCUCACAGUUCCAGGUGACAGUGAACGGGAGGCUCUUUGUGCGGUACACACACCGUGUGCCCUUCCACCGCGUGGACACCAUCUCCGUGACAGGCAUCGUCCAGCUGUCCUACAUCAGCUUCCAGAACACCCGCGCAGCUCCCAUCCAGCCCACCUUCUCCACGGUGCAGUUCUCCCAGCCUGCCUGUUUCCCGCCCAAGCACAAAGGGCGCAAACCGAAACCUCCAGGUCGCUGGCAGGCCAACUCGGCUCCCAUUACUCAAACCGUCAUCCACACUGUGCAGAGCGCCCCUGGACAGAUGUUCCCUAAUCCCAUGAUCCCACCUAUGGCAUAUCCUAACCCAGUCUUUCCGAUCCCUUUCUUCGCCUCCAUCCCGGGCGGCCUGUACCCCUCCAAGAGCAUCACGGUGUCGGGCACCAUCCUGCCCAGCGCUCAGAGUUUCUACAUCAACUUGCGCUCGGGGAGUGACAUCGCCUUCCACCUGAAUCCCCGCUUCAAGGAGAACGCGGUGGUCCGCAACACGCAGAUCGGCAGCUCCUGGGGGCCUGAGGAGCGAGGCCUGCCCUGGAAGAUGCCCUUCUCCAGAGGCCAGAGCUUCUCGGUGUGGAUCCUCUGUGAAAGCCACUGCUUCAAGGUGGCCGUGGAUGGUCAGCACCUAUUUGAAUACUACCACCGCCUGAAGCACCUGCCCACCAUCAACUCCCUGGAGGUGGGGGGCGACAUCCAGCUGACGCACGUGCAGCCAUAGACGGGCCCCGCCCUGGGGGUGAGGCCUGGGCCGAAAGGCUGUCUGGGUCUGCUCGUCACCCGCCUUCCCAGGCCGCCAGGACCUGGGGCUUGGCUGGAGAGACCGUGUCCUUGCCUGGCCCUGCUCCUGGCUGCAGCCUCCCCUGGAGCGGGGACGACGGCUGGCUGGGACCGCCUUCCUCCACCUACGGAGGAGGUGCGGUCUGUGCAGGCCGGAGCCCCGUGUUCCCUGCCCCCGGCCUCUGCCUGGGUCCUGGCCUUCCCAAGCUCCCAGCCCAGGCCUGCCCACACCUGCCUCUCCACCCCCCCACCCCCACCCGGCCUUCCAGUCACCUAGUCCCAAGCCACCAGCUGUCACUCCACGUGGGAGGCGGUAUCCCCUCUUCUUUCUCCAAGCUUGAACCUCUCCUCGCACCCUGCACCAACCCUUCCCUGCCCCGGAUAGCUGCCUGAGGACACCCCACCAACGGGAGCUUUCUCCCCUUUCCAGUGUCCUUCCAAUAAAGAAAGAAAGAAAACUGCUUGUCAGCCUGUAUGCA